AUGGACAGAUUCGACGUCAUCAACUUUGCCGAUCUCUCCGGCCCCAACGGCGGAGACUGGGUCAGGAUCGGCGGCGGCAGUUUCGGUGUCGUCUUCAAGGGUGAAUACCUCGGCACCGAAGUCGCCAUCAAGGAAGUCCUCCCCAACAACACAUACGACGUCGAAAAGUACUUUGAGCGCGAAUGCGUUCUCAUGAAAGAAGCCCGUCAUCCCAACAUUGUCCAAUACAUCGGUCUUACAAAGAGUCCAGGGCCUGACGGCAGGAUCUACAUCAUCUCGGAAUUCGUCGGCAGCAAUGUCCGCUCUUACAUCGCAGAUCAGAGCAAGCCCUUCCCCUGGCGAUUGCGUAUGAGCUUUGCCAUGGACAUGGCCCGAGCUCUCGCGUAUCUGCACGCACGCAACUGCAUGCAUCGCGAUCUCAAGGGCGAGAACCUGCUCAUAACGGCCAACGAGCGUAUCAAGGUGUGCGACUUCGGAUUCGCGCGUAUCGCCGCACGCAACGAAGAGGAAAUGCGUCGAAUCAGCUACUGCGGCACCGAUGGCUACAUGUCGCCAGAAAUCCUCCUCGGUGUCGACUUCAGCUUGCCCUCGGACGUCUUUUCGCUCGGCGUCAUCUUUGCCGAGAUUGCCUCGCGCCAUCUGGUCGACUCGUACACUUUCAAGCGCGUCAUGCCCAGCUUUGGCCUCGAUGCAGACGAGGUGCGCGAGAUGGCAUCCGAGGGAUGCCCCGAAGCGUUCAUCCAGCUCGCGCUCGAUUGCGUCGAGGAAGACCCGAGAGACCGUCCCGAGAUGCGUCAGGUGGUUUCCAGGCUGCGCGACAUUGAGCGCGAGGUGCUCAUGCGCGAAGAAGCUGAGAACCGCUAUGCUAUCGGCAGUGUUCGAGGCGCCACCAUCCAGUCCAUCCUGGGUACCAAGCUCAAGCGUGCUGCGCCACCCAGAUUGCCCAGCUUCAACGGUGCACUUAAACUCAACGGCGUCCACUCGAAUGCCCACUCGGACGACAGCGGCGAUGAGAUUGAGGAGGCGCUCGCUGCUCUCGAGAAGAUCGGCAUCGAGCCGGACGAUGCCAGGUCGCCGGGUACGAUCAAGGGUUCGAGCACACUCAAGGUGGCUGGACAUGGCAACCCGUGGUGGAGCGAAGACGCGACCGAGGCGCUUCCUAGUAUCAAUCGCAGCUGGCUGGCAAGUCCUGGGGCGGCGGCGGAGAGGAUUCGCCAAGAGUCGGAGGCUGGCUUGCUUGACAAUGCGGAUUAUGCAGAGAGCGACUAUAGCACGUCGGUCGUGCGUUCGUCCAAGAUGACGCAGAGGCACGCACCGCUGGCUAUGCUCGACGAGCGUGCCUCGACGCUGACUGUCAGGACGCUGCGCCAGGGUGAUUCCCCGCUGCUGAUUCCCGCUCGACGAGGCUCGGCGGAUGUUACGGCUCUGCCAGCAGCAGCUCGAAAGGGAUCAGCCGAGACGUCGGCCGCACAGUCAUUUAUGACGGCACGCACGCAUCGACCGGACCCAUCCAUCGCGCUGGCUACCAUCGCCUCGGUCAGCUCGGGUCUCAUCGAAUCCAUUCCCAUCUGCCAUCGCUUCACUCUGGUCAAGAACGGCACGCGUCGGCCCAACAACGUCGUCGCUGCAGCACAGCAGGCCAUGGCUAGCGGCUCGCACCCGCACCCGCACCCACCAGCGCCAGUGACGAGCUACUACCCCUCGCUGCUCCCGCCCGCGGUCAUGCUCAGCAACGCACUCGCCAAGUGCUGGGUGUGCGGCAAACGCAUCGGCUGGAAGCCAUUUAUGGACUGUGACGACUGUCCGUACAAGACGCACGUGGCGUGUGCCGAGUUGGCGCCACCGACAUGCCAGGACCUGACGAUUCCGGCGGGUGGCGUGGCAGGCGCAAGCGGGGCGCAGCCCGUGCUGUCGCCGCACAACGCGUCGAGGCGCAACUCGAAGGCGACCGACGUGGGCGAUCAGAGGGAGAUCUCGGCAGCCGCGGCGGCGUUGAGGAAGGCGUCGUUGGCCGAUUCCGUCGACGAGCCGCCGUCGCCUGCGAGGUUCAAGGCCAAGAAGAAGCUGUUUGGCAGCAGCUCAGCGGUGAACAAGAGCGCUGUCCGUGCCUAG